AUGGCUGGUGAAAGCCAGUCAUGUGAUACUCCCCUGCACACUGCUGCAAUCCGUGGGGACUUAGAUGAUGUCAGAGAGCUGUUGAAAACAAAGAAAUAUGAAGUGGACGCCAGAAACUCCAACAACCAAACAUCUCUUCAUCUUGCAUGUGCUAACGGUCAUCUCGAUACGGUUUGGACACUAGCCAAUGACUUUAGUGCUGACAUAGGAGCUAUUGAUAAUGGUGGAAAUACACCAUUGCUCUUUGCUGCUAAGAACAAACAUGUGCAUAUAAUUAUUAUGUUGGUUCUAUUAUCAAUGCUUGAUAGACGCCUCUCUGAUGAAAUAAGACAGUCAUGUUCCUUUAGCUGUAGUCAGGUUGAUUCACAUCAUGUUAAAAUCUUUGAGGAUGUCCUCUUUGAGUAUUAUAAUGAUUCUGAAGCAGUGGAGAAAACUAUGCAACUAAUAUCCAAAUUCUUUGUUGAUUAUGUUGAAUUCAAGGAUGAUGGUUUUAUAACAUUGCUUGUAGCUGCAUCACUUGGUCUCAAAGACUUGAUUAAUCGGUUAGUUACAGAGAAAAAAACCAAUCUGAACAUUAACGGCUUCUUUGGCUUGUCUGUUUUCCACUAUGCCUGUUUUGGAGGACAUGUACUGCUCAUGGAGAGUCUUAUUUCAGAAUAUAGUAUGGACCUUUCUGUGAAAGAUAAAUUAGGGUGUUCAAUUUUACAUUAUGCAACAGUGGGACCUCCCCGUAGUGGCCACAUAGAACUAAUAGACAAAUUAGUGAUGAAAUAUGGUCUCAAUCCCGCAGAUAAAACUAACAGAGGAAACACACCUUUACAUAUUGCAGCCAUGUUUGGACAUGUUGAAACAGUGAGACACCUGAUCACCAUGUUUGGACAUGUUGAAACAGUGAGACACCUGAUCAGUAAGCAUAGUGCUGAUAUCGAUUGCACUAAUGAUCAGAACAGCACAUUAUUGAUCCUAACUGUGGCAAAUGGCCAUGUCAAUGUUUUCGAUGCAUUAGUCAAAGAAUUUAAGAACAAUUGUCAUGUCCGAGCCAUGUUUGGACAUGUUGAAACAGUGAGACACCUGAUCAGUAAGCAUAGUGCUGAUAUCGAUUGCACUGAUAAUCAGAAUAAUACCCCAUUGAUGCUAGCUGUGGAAAAUGGUCAUGUCAAUGUUUUCGAUGCAUUAGUCAAGGAAUUUAAGAACAAUUGUCAUGUCCGAGGUUACAAAAGUCGAAAUCUAGUUCACUAUGCAUGCGAAGGUGGCCAUAUAGAACUGAUAGAAAAGCUGGUGAUGGAAGGAAAUCUAGUUCACUAUGCAUGCGAAGGUGGCCAUAUAGAACUGAUAGAAAAGCUGGUGAUGGAAUAUGGCCUUGAAUCCACAGUUAGUGAUGAAGAUGGAAACACAUCUCUACAUAUUGCAGCCAGAGCAGGACAUGUUGAAACAGUGAGACACCUGAUCAGUAAGCAUAGUGCUGAUAUCGAUUGCACUGAUAAUCAGAAUAAUACCCCAUUGAUGCUAGCUGUGGAAAAUGGUCAUGUCAAUGUUUUCGAUGCAUUAGUCAAGGAAUUUAAGAACAAUUGUCAUGUCCGAGGUUACAAAAGUCGAAAUCUAGUUCACUAUGCAUGCGAAGGUGGCCAUAUAGAACUGAUAGAAAAGCUGGUGAUGGAACUGGUGAUGGAAUAUGGCCUUGAAUCCACAGUUAGUGAUGAAGAUGGAAACACAUCUCUACAUAUUGCAGCCAGAGCAGGACAUGUUGAAACAGUGAGACACCUGAUCAGUAAGCAUAGUGCUGAUAUCGAUUGCACUGAUAAUCAGAAUAAUACCCCAUUGAUGCUAGCUGUGGAAAAUGGUCAUGUCAAUGUUUUCGAUGCAUUAGUCAAGGAAUUUAAGAACAAUUGUCAUGUCCGAGGUUACAAAAGUGGAAAUCUAGUUCACUAUGCAUGCGAAGUUAGUGAUGACGAUGGAAACACACCUCUACAUAUUGCAGCCAGAGCAGGACAUAUUGAAACAGUGAGACACCUGAUCAGUGGCCAUAUAGAACUGAUAGACAAGCUGGUGAUGGAAUAUGGCCUCGAAUCCACAGUUAAUGAUGACGAUGGAAACACACCUCUACAUAUUGCAGCCAUGUUUGGACAUGUUGAAACAGUGAGACACCUGAUCAGUGGCCAUAUAGAACUGAUAGACAAGCUGGUGAUGGAAUAUGGCCUCGAAUCCACAGUUAAUGAUGACGAUGGAAACACACCUCUACAUAUUGCAGCCAUGUUUGGACAUGUUGAAACAGUGAGACACCUGAUCAGUGGCCAUAUAGAACUGAUAGACAAGCUGGUGAUGGAAUAUGGCCUCGAAUCCACAGUUAAUGAUGACGAUGGAAACACACCUCUACAUAUUGCAGCCAUGUUUGGACAUGUUGAAACAGUGAGACACCUGAUCAGUAAGCACAGUGCUGAUAACCGCACAUCAUUGAUGCUAGCUGUGAUAAAUGGUCAUGUCAAUGUUUUCGAUGCGUUAGUCAAAGAAUUUAAGAACAAUUGUCAUGUCCGAGGUUACAAAAGUCGAAAUCUAGUUCACUAUGCAUGCAAAGGUGGCCAUAUACAACUGAUAGACAAGCUGGUGAUGGAAUAUGGCCUCGAAUCCACAGUUAGUGAUGACGAUGGAAACACACCUCUACAUAUUGCAGCCAUGUUUGGACAUGUUGAAACAGUGAGACACCUGAUCAGUAAGCACAGUGCUGAUAUCGAUUGCACUAAUGAUCAGAACAGCACAUCAUUGAUGCUAGCUGUGAGAAAUGGUGAUGUCAAUGUUUUCGAUGCGUUAGUCAAAGAAUUUAAGAACAAUUGUCAUGUCCGAGGUGGCCAUAUACAACUGAUAGACAAGCUGGUGAUGGAAUAUGGCCUCGAAUCCACAGUUAGUGAUGACGAUGGAAACACACCUCUACAUAUUGCAGCCAUGUUUGGACAUGUUGAAACAGUGAGACACCUGAUCACACAUCAUUGA